GGAAAAUAACAGUUGUUGGUAAAGUGCUAGAGAAAAUGGAGGUAAUAUCUGGUAGGGAUAAUAAAAAAUGCUGACUUCAGAGAGAAUCUUUUUUGGAUGGAAACUUGACCCUAGGGGCUUAAAUGAACAAUGAAAUGCAGGAUGUUUUUUUUUUGCUGGCAGAGAUGUCUUACUUGUGGGAUUAUAGCUAAAUACGAAAUGGAUGAAAUGAAACGGAAGAUUGUAGAUCAGUGUGCCGCUGAAAUGGAUCUUGUUCCCAAUAUGGAAGAAGAGGUACAGAGCAGUAGGAACCUUGUAACCAGAUGCUACACCUGUAUCGCUUUGGCCAUCUUCCUUCUAUCGCUUAUACUCGGAUGCUCUUGCCGCUGGUGUAGAAAGCAACUACAGAAAAGGAAUGACGACGCCUGUGCCAAGAAAGAAGAUUUAGGAUUUAGAAAGCACUACUGUGUGAUUCUAAAUGAAUAUGAGACUUCGGAUGAAGAUGAAGAAUUUGUGGAUUGUGCAGAGGGUCACAGCAUUUUACAGCAAGUCCAACAUACGAUUAUUUAUAGAAGCUCUUAUCAUCUCCAAGGCUCAAGUCAAACACGCCCGACCAACGCUGAUGAUUUUCAUGAUAUCAGCUCCAGCGGAACCGAUGAUCCUAAUUCUGACAAGGCCAAUUACAGUCAAACUCAAAGAUCAGCUGAUUCUGAUGAUGUGAACACCAGCCAACCUAUAGGGACACCAACUCUUAUACAGAUGGCAGAAAAAGUUGUUAAAGGGAUCCAAAGCCUUUGGCUUAAAUUGUGCAGAUCUUUGUCCCGAUUUGGUACCAAAUUUGUAUUGUACAAUAUAAUGCCAGAUUAAAUUAAUACAAGCGAAGUAAUUUAAAGGCUUGUUAAAAGGGAUCUGUUACCCAAAGUAACAAUUGCAAAUCCUAUUUAAAUGUGUUUGCAAAGCAAAAUAAACCUUACUUAUACCUUAUAAA